GGGCAGUGUUGUAUGAACGCUCCAAUUUUGCUGCCAGUCGCUGAAACACGGAAGAGGCGUCAGUCGUACAGUUUUGUGGCUUUUCUACUCUGUAAACCUGUUCACGAUACUAUUUAUUCGUUGUUUUUAAACCGUAAGUAAAGAGCUGAAGCCUUGACAUACCACACAGAGGCAGACGAGUGCGUAUUUGUGCGUGUGUACCCGUCGGUUUGAGGGUCUGCCAAAAACGAAAGUUAACCGAAGAGGGCCUGUAAGCCAUGGCUGAAAGUAUAGAUGAAGAAAUGCCGGAGGAGGCUUUGCCCCUCCAGCAGGACCUGACCUGCCCCGUGUGUCAGGGCAUCUUCCGGGACCCCGUGCUGCUGCCGUGUUCCCACAGCUUCUGUCGGGACUGUCUGCAGAGAAGUUUGGAUUUCAACAAGAAGUGUCCCUUGUGCAGGGUGGAGUUCGAGAGAGGACAGGAUAUCUCCAACCGUGCGCUCAGCGACGCGUGUGAGACCUUCCUCAAACACUCAACCUUCAGGCCCAACACGAAGCGUCCCAGUGAGGACACCUGCAACCUGCACUAUAAGCCGCUGGAGCUCUACUGUGAGAAGGACGAGGAGCCUGUGUGUGUGGACUGUGUCAGUCUGCACAGCACGCACAGGCUCUUUUCGCUCAAAGAUGGAGCCCCAAUGUGCAAGAGGGAGCUGAACUUCAAAGUCCAGAUUUUUGAAAAGAAAGUGGAGUUAUACAAGAAAACGACACUUAAACUCAGCAACGCAGUGGAGUACAUCAAGUAUCAAGCGGGGCAGGCGGAGAAGCAGAUCAAGGUGGAGUUCAAGAGGCUCCACGAGGCGCUUGUCACUGAAGAAGCUCUGCGUCUGAAAGCCCUGGCUGCGGAGGAGGAGGAGAAGAUUGCUGCCAUACAGGAGCUCAUUACCAGCACAAACAACAAUGUUACUGCUCUGAACGAGCUCAUUGAGACCAUCAAGAAUGAGAUGGACAAUGACGAUCUGCCCCUGCUGCGGAAUUUCCAGAAUUUAAAAAGAAAAGCCCAGUGGACUAAUACAGACCCUGCCCUUUCUUACAACUCUCUUUUGGAUAUGGGAAAGCAUGUUGGUGCUCUGAGCUUCAAGAUCUGGAAGAACAUGCAGGCCCAUGUCAAAUAUAAUCCAGUGGUGUUGAACCCCAACACAGCCUCUCCAUGGCUGUCCUUGAAUGCUGACCUGACCGCUGUGAAGGAAAGCUCAGAGCGGCUGACCGUCCCUGACAACCCGGAGCGUUUUGAUCCCUGUGUCUUUGUCCUCGGCGCCGAAGGUUACAACUCUGGGAAACACAGGUGGGACGUCGUUGUUGGUGACAACCCCAAGUGGAUUGUGGGAGUGUGCAAAUCGACAGUGGCCCGUAAAAAGAAGUUCACACUCUCUACAAACCGCGGUGUGUGGUCCAUAGGACUGAGCAAAGGGGAGUACACCGCCUCAACACCUGAGCGUACGGUGCUGCAGGUGGAGCAGCGUCCCGAAAGGAUCCGCGUCAAGCUAAACAUAGAUAAGGGAGAGGUGUCGUUUUGGGAUGGGGGAACAGCGAAGCACCUUGUCACUUUUACACACAAGUUUGAGGACACGAUGUAUCCUAUUUUGGGCCCUGGGCUCAAUGCUACGCCAAUGACUAUGGCUCCAGGAAAAAUAGCCGUACACACCUCAUGAUGCGCCAGUGUACUGCAGAGCAAUUGGUUGUUGAUUGAAAACAGGAAUAAUCAAUUUUCUAGUUAAACGUUAAUUAAAAGCAAGAUAAAGUCAACAACAUGUUACCUGUCACACAAGGAUUACUUUAAAUGCUAUGUAGAACAUCAAAUAAAAGAUUAAUAUCAGCCAAUUAGAAGAGAUGUACAGGACAAAAAAAAUACAUAGAUAAAGAUGUUAAAUGGGACAUAAAAUAUGCUAAAAUAAUGUAUAAGACUACAUUUACAUUGUCAAAACCUUCACAAAAACAAUGAAAUGAUGAAACUGACUUAAGGCAUAAAGGACUAAUGUCAAAAUAAUAUGUCAGAACUUUAAAAACAACUUUAAAACAUGCAUACAUGCGUAGCUCACCUGGGUGCGCACCCAAUGUAGGCCCUUAGGUGCAUGUUAUCCUGCCUCUCUCUCUCUCUCUCUCUCUCUCCUCUCUUUCCUGUCUAUCUUCUCCUGUCCUGUCACCUGCAUAAAAAAGCCCCAGAAACAUGCAUGCAGCGAGUGAAAAAAAAAAGCCAGGACAUGUGUAAUGUGGUUAUUGAAAGCCAUGCAGCUGCAUGAUGCACAAGUUAGAGAUGAGAUUCGUGAAAAUCUAACACUGAUCCGCAGAAGACCAAACUUUUUUUUUAGAUGUGCUUUAACUGGAGAAAACCAUUAACCAGCCUUUUGUGACUUUACCACUGACACAAAGUAAAAAAUAUAAAAUGAUACCAAAAUAACUGAGAGCAUGGCUGAUGGUGGUGGUCAUUAUUGAUAAAAGUGCCGCUCUCUUGAUGUAUCAUUGUACUUGAGGAAACUCUGAAAAGAAAACAUAAAAGUUAUGUGUGAAUGUAAUUAAGUGGCUUGGGGUUAUUAUGUUAGUUAUUUGUAAUCUUCAGAUACAUUUUGAGUUAUUUUAAUCAUAUUAAGAAUCAAAAGAAUGCAAAGCCUUUAUGCUCUGUAAUUGUGCCUUUAAUUUUUUACUAUUUUGUAUAUUAUUUAGUUUAGGGCUGCACAGUAUGAUUAAAAAAAAA